AUCUAAUGUACAACUUAACAAAACAUCGUUUAUAAAUAUAUCCAGCUGUAUUUGAUUGGAACUCGGAGUGAAGUUAGUUCGUUUAUAUUUAUGCGUUCAAAUUUUUCUUAUUUCUGAACUCUUUUUAAGCAACAAAAUACAACUCUUGCCACCGAAUUCUCAAAAUAUUUGAUUACGUUUCCUAACAGUGAAAUCAAUGGCUGUUGUGACAAUUGGUUUAUGCGUUUGACUUCCAUGAUGUCACUAGCCGGAGAUAGUUGAGCAUUUCCAGGCGUUUUUACAAGUUCAUAAACAUGUUUUGCUUGGCUGAGAUGUGUGAUAAUGUUAGGGUACCACCUUGGCUUUUUCAUUUAAAAUUAAACAGGGCUGUUUCUGAAGAACUCAACAAAAAAUUGGCCAAUAAGGUAGUGACAAAUGUUGGACUGUGCAUUGCUUUAUAUGAUCUACUAAGUCUAGAAGACUCGUAUAUCUUUCCCGGAGAUGGGGCAUCACACACCAAAGUUCUUUUCAGAUAUGUCGUCUUCCGUCCAUUUCUUGAUGAGAUUCUGAUUGGCAAAAUUCGUAGUUGUACAAGAGACGGAGUAUAUGUUUCCCUUGGAUUUUUUGAUGAUAUUCUUAUACCUCCCGACUCACUUCAGCAUCCUUCAAGAUUUGAUGAGACGGAGCAAGUAUGGAUCUGGGAGUACCAAACGGAUGAUGGAAAACAUGACAUGUUUAUGGACCCUGGUGAAGCAAUCAGAUUUCGUGUUGUAGAUGAGACUUUUGUUGAUACUUCUCCAAGUGGACCAGAAAUGGGAGAUUUAUCAGAAAACGAAGAAAAAGAAAAACGGAUACCAUACUCACUAACGGGUUCCAUAAGUGAGCCAGGACUGGGGUUAUUGGCAUGGUGGAGUUAGCACAGCCCAGGUGAUGGUCAGAAUAUCUUUGCUGUGAUUCUGAAGUUCAUGAUGAUACAUACAUUUGUACUAAAAAUAGUUGUCUUUUAAUGACUAUUUUGGUACUGUAACAGUUGGUUUUGAAUAAAUCUAAGGUAGUGUAAAAUUUGUUAUAAAAUUCUGUUUGAUUCCUUAGUCAUAAAUGUUUUAGUCUGAAUACAUUAAAUAUUCAAAAUAGAAUGAAAAACACAGGUACAAAAAGUUAUAAACUAAGAUACUAUUUCCUGUGGUGUUCCUGUGUAGAAAUUAGACAACGUUUUAACAUAAAGAAAUACAAAUGGUUGAAUUAUAUUGAAAUUCGCAUUGUUUUAAGCUUCAUUUCUGUAUAAUCUUAAGCAAAAUAGACAUUUGUAUCAGAAUCACUUGUGAGCUGCAGUUGCUUAUAGUGUUGAAAUGGAUAAUUUUUCAGUUUCUAAACUUUAGUUUUCAUUAGUUCAUCUGAUAAAGACCUUAUCACAGAGACCAGAACCUAAUUCUUCCUAAGACUUAAGUAUUAUGUGGUGUGGUUCCUAUUCGUAUGAUUCAAGUACAUUGAAUGUUUAUUGACCAAAGAAUUGCUAAUGGGGUCUAAACCCCAUCAACUUUUGAAAUACUUUUUCAAAAUUAUGUAUGCACUAAAUUGCUUGUGGGUCUAUUAUUGUAUGGUUACAGCAGGCCUCAACAAAUCCCAGGUGCCAAGUUGCCUUGGCAACUAAAUAUUUCGUCAUGGCAUCUAGUAAUUUCUCCCAUUUUAUUCAGGUUGUACAAAAUAGAACUCAUAUCUAGAACAGUUCUGGACUCUUGGAAGUCCAGAACUGUUUUUGUGUUCUUUGAGUCCUAAAUCGAACUUUGUUCCUAGGAUUUACUAAUUUUAUGCCAUAUUGUUUCUCUUCUUUCUCUCAAUUCAUACAAUCAGUAUGUGUGUUUAGACACGGAUGGGAUCAAAUUCAGGCAAUACUAUCAAGUAGUUGUUGAUAUCGUGAUUGUGCUUCAAUUAUCCACGCUGGUCCAGGGAAAGCAAAAAAUCACAGAUAACAGAAACAGCAGAUAAUUGAGGCACUAGUGCAUCUCACUAGUUAGUCCAUUGUUUAAUCUAAAUAAAAUUUUCAAUAUAUUUAAAUUAUAAUAUUUUUACUGUCAUUUAAUCACAUAAUCAUGAAACAUUAUAAAAGUCAUCAUAAUCAUAAAAGCCAAGUGUCAUUCAAUUACGCUUGAUUUUUCUGAAUUUCGUGAGUUACACGAGUCCAAUUCCACUUUUUUUCCUAUAAUAUUUCCUCUUUUGAUUGCUUGUUCCCAUUUUAGUUCAAUUUAAUUGAUAAUAUAGACAUAAAUAGCUCCUAAAUUUUGGCACUUUUUCUGCUAUAGACAUGAAAGUGCAUUCGCACCCUAUCAAUGCCUGUGAAAAAUAAGUCAAAAAUUAGCACAAAUCUAUGCUUGGGAAAUAUUAUGAAAAAGCCUUUGGUAAAACUGACUGAAGAUACCAAUUAUCUGAAGGAAGAGGACAAUGCAUAACUGUGCGACACCCCAACACAAAGGAUGCACACCGUGCAGCGUAGAACCACCGGACGACAACUGAAGUUGAAUGAAAUCUUUAAGAAAUCUUAAUGUGUUUUUAUUUAUUAUGUUUUUAAUCACUAAUCAAAUAAAAUUAACCAAGCUACAAAUAUUUUGUAUUCCUGUCUUAACAGCUAAAAAUAAAAGAAGUAAGGCUAGGCUUGAACAGGCUGACUUAUGAUUUGAACACAUGCCAGAUUGUAAACGCGAAAACCCCAGAUAUCAUGCAACACCUGAACUUUUGCAACCAAAAUGAAUUUCUGAGUGACAAUUUUUCCAAAACAUGUAAAUUAUUGUCUAGAAUUGUAAUGGCACAAUUGUUUUGA